AUGGGUCAACAAAAUCAACAAAUGCGGCGAGCUCGCCUGGUUGCGAGCGUGGCUGCUACAAUCAUCUCCCUGGCUUGUGGAACAAACUACGUCUAUUCGGCAUGGGCUCCGCAGUUUGCUGAGAGGCUCAAGUUAUCAGCUACUCAGAGCAAUCUCAUCGGCCAAUUCGGGAACCUAGGCAUGUAUUCGCUUGGUGUUCCCGUAGGCAUGUUUGUCGACAGACGUGGCCCUCGGCCUUUUGUUCUCAUUGGCGCCUUUCUCCUUGUUGCGGGAUACUUCCCCUUGCACAUGGCCUACGACAAAGCAUAUGGAUCCGUUGUAGCUCUUUGCUUCUUUUCCUUCCUAACCGGCCUUGGUAGUUGUAUGGCAUUUGCCGCGGCUGUCAAGACGUCGGCACUCAACUGGCCAGGUCACCGAGGUACGGCAACAGCAUUUCCGCUGGCGGCGUUUGGCCUCAGCGCCUUCUUCUUCUCAUUUAUCGGGUCUGUUCUGUUCCCUGGCGAUCCUAGCGCCUUCCUUAAGCUGCUUUCUUUCGGAACAGUUGGCUUGACUUUCGUAGGCUUCUUCUUUUUGAAGGUGUACCCGCAUUCGAACUACCGUGCUAUCUGCCACGAAGAGGGACGUCGCUCACCCCCUUUGUCCGCUCAUCUUCGGCAAUCAUACAGCCAAUCCACUCCUCAUGGUAUUCGCCAUUCUGAAGAACCUGGUACGUCGAAUACAGACUCCACAAACACGCACAUGGCCUCAUCGCCCGUGCUCUCUGGCCCAAAUACCCCGUCCAAUAAUCCUAGCUGGAGCAGCAAACCUGUCAAUAAUGAUAUUGAAGAAGAUGCUGUGGAUGAGACCUCGUCUUUGAUGUCGUCGACAACCCCAGAGCUAGUAGAGAAUGUAGUGGCGAGUAGUGUUGAUACGGAUCGAUCUCAUCGAAUAGAUAUACGCGGCUUCAGUCUCCUUCGCAGUCAGUCUUUUUGGCUCUUGUUCACCAUCAUGGCUAUUCUGUCAGGCGUUGGGCUUAUGACCAUUAACAAUAUUGGAAAUGAUGUAAAUGCGCUAUGGAAGCGGUACGACGGAUCGGUGACAGAAGACUUCCUUGUCCAUCGCCAACAAAUGCAUGUGUCUAUAUUGUCUGUCUGCAGUUUUGUGGGCCGGCUUCUCAGUGGUGUUGGGUCAGACUUUUUGGUUAAAUCCCUUCAUGCCAGCCGCAUCUGGUGUCUCUUUGUGGCAUCCAUCGUGUUUCUCGUGGCUCAAGUUUGUGCAUUGAUCAUCGAAAAUCCCCGCCUGCUAGGCUUUGUGUCAGGACUUUCUGGACUUGGAUACGGGUUUCUCUUUGGAGUAUUUCCAUCUCUCGUCACCGAAGCUUUUGGGAUUCGUGGUCUAAGCCAGAAUUGGGGCUUCAUGACUCUGGCGCCGGUCAUUUCUUCAAACAUAUUCAAUCUUUUCUACGGUUUGGUGUUGGAUUCUCAUAGUGUUUUCGACCCCAGUGGAGAGCGUUCUUGUCACGAUGGCCUGGAAUGCUAUCGUGCGGCAUAUUGGGUGACUCUGAUUGCUUGUCUCCUCGGAAUUGUCUUCACUCUUCGGACAGUGCAGCAUGAACGCGGCAUCGAAGUAGCUAGUGUAAAAAGAAAAACCAACACAGAGGAUUGA